AUGGGAAAUGUAAUUGCACUUGGUUACGUUUGUAAAAGUAUUUUCUCCCCAGUUGUGCAAUUUACAAUGUUGAAGAUGUGCUUGAGUAUAGGUUUUGAACUUAUAAAGUUGAUGAAAAUCAGAACUCGAAGAUUGGAGAAAGAACAUGGUUUGGAAUUGCCCUUUGCUAAAGUAAUGUCCCUAGCAUUAACUGAAACAUGUAUAGAAACGAUUAACAGAGCUCGCCAAUUUCCUCUAGCUAAUUAUUUCCCAAUGUUUACAUCUUCAGACUCUAUUUAUUUCGAUUGUGUUAACUCAAAUUUGAUGGCUUAUUUUACCGUCUAUUUGAAUAUGAAAUCCAUGGAAGAACCAGAGUUUGAGGGCAGGGAGCAAUUAUUUACAGUUAUGCACAGAGAUCAUGUAUUGCUUGAUGGUUCAUGGAUGGGAUGGCUUAAGGACGAAUCGAAUGAAAUUAGAUUUAUGUUUAUAGAUCAAUGUUUGAGAGAAAAAGGGUGGACAAUUUACCAAGUCGAGUCUUUAAUGACUUGGGAUAUGAUUACAAGAGAUGAUGGAUGGCUUUCUCCAUCCAAUACUCUAAACUUUAAAUCAGAAAAAAGACUUUAUUCUGGUGUUAGAGGAUUUAUUUUUGAUACCGAAAGUGGUGAUAUUAAUCUAGAGCUCGUUCCAGCCACUUCCCUUCAAGAUGCUUACUUUAGUUGGGGAGACGUUGACUAUAUUUUAAAGAACGGUAUUAGAGGAAUAUUUUUCUCAUUAGAUCCUCCCGAUCACCCAUAUCCUUUCAAUUUUCAUACUUUCCAACAGAUCCGAGUUGGUCCAACAGACGUACCAAUCCAUUCUGAUAUUGUAAUGACUUUUCUACAUGCAGACUACCUUUUAAAAAUGAUUAGCAGUGGAGUAGAAGUUAAUAGCUACUACCCAUUCCAUACUCGUGAUGUCAGUAAUAUUUUAGAAAUAUUACCAGAAAGAUUAAGGGCAGUAUUAUCACCUAUUCAUCACCGCGAUAAUUAUGUACCUGAUUUAGGAGGUAGUGCACACAGAUUUUGGAUUGAUUGUGAAGAAAUACCAACCUAUACUAGUGAAAGAGGUGGUAAGAUUUCUUAUACACUUGGAAAAUUUGACACCAAGGUAAAGACAAUGAAGAUGUUGUAUAAUAGUUUAACAGGCCAAUUGGAGGAUGAUGAACAUGCUGGCUCAUCAGAAUCAGAGUUUGCCAAUGCAUUCUCUAAACAUUAUGAAGAAAUAUCUCAAUAUUUUCCGGUUCUUAGGAGAGUUAGUGAACUUUACAAACUAUUUACCAUAUGUACAUUAUUGAUUAGUCUAAAGGAACGUUUGAAUGACAUGUCGUCACAGAAACUGAUAUCAUUACCACGUCCGAACUUAGAUGCUUAUCCUUUGAACAGUAGUUCUGAAAUAGACAAAGUUAUGAGAAGUAUAUUAACCACAAAUGGAAUAUCAUGGAGUGAUAGACACAAAGUAUCCAAUUACUCCAGUACUGAAAAAGAAGUAACUUCCAACUUGAAUAGAAAUCAAAGUCAAUUAGCUCAACUUAUUAACGAAAUCAGCGAACAUACUCCAAUAACAUCACAAGAAUUACAAGAGUGGUUAGUUCAAGAUAAUUCUCUUACUAUUGACAACAUUGAAACAAGGGCUUCUAGAGCAAUUGCAAACAACAAGUUACGAGUCUUGAAAGCAAUUUUAGAAACAGAAACACAACCAAAACAAAACAGCUGUCUUUUUGUUCCUUCAGCUUACUCUCAAGAUACUGGCAGGAGAAUAUUUGGUGGUGUUAAUGCACUACCAAGAAUUUCUCAAAUCCAACAAGCUCCACCACCUUGGAGUGGAUCUUCGCAAAAUGUUAGAUUAGGUGGAAGUGCACCUCCUGCUACUAUAUCAAGUGGUGGAAAUUCUAGUAGAUUAUUUAGAAGUUUCUUUUCAUAUAUUGGAGUAUCAUCUAGUAGUUCUUCAAGUGGAUCAUCUGGAGGUAGUAGUUCGUCUUCAGGAGGAAAUGGAUCAUCUGGUAGUUCUUCAGGUGGUCGACCUCAAACAUUAAGAAUGUCUGAUCAACUUCCAAGAAACAAUAUUAAUG